AUGAGACCACCUAAGGAUCUCUCUAACCAAGAUCGAAAUAAGAUUGUGCAAUAUCUUCUUGCCAACUUGAAGAAUGGCAAGCCUCGGUACGGAGCCAUGAAGGAGGCGGCAUCCCUCUUCAACACAUCACAACGUACGAUUACUCGUCUUUGGGCGGCUGCAAAAAAACAAAAGGAGAAUGGUCAAGAAAUUUAUCUAGCCAAUGCCAAACCAGGUGCAAUAAGAAAAAAAAGAAUACAAGUCGACAUAGAGCUCAUACAAAGUCUGGACCUACAAAAAAGAUCAACCAUACGACGACUCGCAGUGGGGAUUAAUCAAAGCAAAUCAACUGUUUGGAGGUGGGUAAACAAAGGGCUGAUCAGAGCGCAUUCUAGUGCUAUUAAGCCCGACUUAACAGCACCAAACAAGUUAUUGCGACUACGGUUCUCACUAGAGGCUUUGGAAUUUGAUCACAUUAUGUCGGCUGUGAAGUUUAAGACUAUGGACAACACCAUUCAUGUGGAUGAGAAGUGGUUUUACAUCACAAAGGCAUCAAACAGAUUUUACCUAACACCGGGAGAGGGAGAUCCUCACCGCACGUGCAAGAGUAAGGCUUUCAUAAAGAAGGUAAUGUUUGUGUGUGCAGUUUGUAGGCCGGUGUUUUCAGAUUCUGGUGAGUGCCUAUUUGAUGGGAAGAUUGGAAUCUUCCCACUAAUAGAACAACUUCCAGCCAAGAGAAACAGCAAGAACAGACCGGCUGGAACUAUGGAAACAAAGCCCAUACAGUCCGUGACCAAGGAAAUCAUGAAAGGAUGCUACAUAAAUCAGCUUCUACCAGCAAUAUAUCAAAAGUGGCCUGAAUUUGGAAGUAAAUUGAUCUAUAUUCAGCAAGAUAAUGCGAAGCCCCAUAUACUAGACUCCGACCCUGAAUUUAGGGCAGCAGUCACAGCUCAUGGUUUCAACAUAAGAAUAGUUCAACAACCACCGAACAGUCCGGACACAAAUGUGAACGACUUGGGAUGGUUUAGAGCUAUUCAGAGCAUGCAUGUUACAGUUGUGAUGAUCUUGUGA